AUGGACAACAGACCUGCCUCGGAGUACGCGCAGUCAGGUUCGCACUUUCCAUAUCCACCGUCUGCCGCGACGCAUUCUGAACUCUCAGCUGCAGACCAAGCUUCUGCUGCUGCCACUGCUCAAUACACUCCUCAACCUGAGGUUCGCCCCAACCCUCAGUACACUCCUCAGCCUGAGGUGCGCCCCGCCGCCAACAUUUCGUCCUCCAACACGCCGCAGUCAGACUACGGUCUGAACGCUCCUCCCGCCGCGCGCUCUCCAGCUUAUCCGGAGUACCUCGCCCGCCCGCACCAGUACCACCACGCCCCCAACACUCAAGCCGGCGGCGCGGCAGGUAUGGCUCAAGCAACAAGUCCGUCCAUCACCACCCUCCAUGAUGGGCAGCACCAUGACCAUCGCAAUCAUCACACGAACGUGAAGUCUGACGCGGACGUUCCUAUAGAUCCCUCAAUCGCGGCCUCCAGCCCCACCUAUCCUCCUCCCUACUCGCCCUACCAGCCUCAGGGCCAUGACAUGGCUCAAUACCAAGGUCACCCCCCUCCGCCGCCACCUCAGAUGUACACGCGUCCGGAAUGGUCGCAUGGGUAUGGACAACACCAACAUGGUCUGCCUGGACCCUAUACCACUCCUGCCACAACGGUUGGUCCCGCCUCCCCUGCUGCGACCGCAGGGCCGCGCCCUGGCCAGGUCUACUCGUUCGUCCCAAUUCCCGGUGCGCAACAGCACAAGAGACCGCGUCGCCGGUACGAGGAAAUUGAGCGUAUGUACAAGUGCGGGUGGAAUGGCUGUGAGAAGGCCUACGGUACUCUCAACCAUCUGAACGCCCACGUGACGAUGCAGUCUCAUGGAAACAAGCGCACUCCCGAAGAAUUCAAGGAAAUCCGCAAGGAGUGGAAGGCUCGGAAGAAGGAGGAAGAAGCUCAGCGCAAGGCCGCUGAGGAGCGUGAGCGCGCCGCUGCCGCUCAGGCUGCCCAAGCCAACCAGGUCGACGCCCCCAACCCUGCGGAUCCCCAGGGUGGUCAACCUCCCACCUACCCCGGUGGUGUCCGGCCUCAGCUGCCUCCGAUUGGAUACCAACCUGCCGACGGCCAGGUGCCCGGUCAGUACGGUGCCCCUGGCGGUGGCAUGGUCUAUCAAAGCAACGGCCAAAUGGCCUACCCUCCCAACUACCCUCACUCUCCUUACGGGCAGAGCGGCCAAGUGUAUCAGCAACGUAAGUAG